AUGUUUUACAGUCGUGCUGUCAUUCUGCGCACGGCGGCGUCGUCAUACUCUUCGCGUGCCGCGAGUAGUGCCUGCGCCUCCCCCGCUUCACCCCACGAGGUGCUCGGCGUGGCGACAAGCGCCCCCUUCGAGGAGGUAAAGGCGCGCUACCAGGAGCUCACGCGUCGCUACCAUCCGGACAUGCCGCACGGGGACCCAGCGAAGUUCCGCGAGAUCAACACCGCCUACCGUGCGUUGCGUGCGGCAUGGCGAGAAAAAAAAGCGCAGACCAUCGACCCCGAGUCAUUCUGGUCGGAGCGCAAUCGCAGAAGUAGGGACGACUACACGAGUAGCCAGUCGCAAAGCAGGGAGCGACGGGACGGUCGCGCCAAGAAGGGGCAGAGUGACGGUUUUGUGCGGGAGAUGUUGUGGAUGUACGAAUCGUACGAAUUAGCGAUCGUGCUGGGCGCGGCGGUGGCAGUUCUCCUCGUUGCCGCAGAACGCUAUGUGCUCGUGCUUCGCAUGACGCGCGAGAAGCGUGCACGGAUCCGGGCCAUGGACGAAGGCCUGCCGCCAAACAUGCCGCUGGUCGUUGAUGACGAGAUGCUGCACAAGUACAGUGAGCGUGUGCCGAGGGCAGAGAUUGAGAUUGACAACGCUAUGGUGAAGGAGGAGGCGUACCACCGGCGCGCCACCCAGCGACGCUUUGAGGACUUCCGUGAGUUUCUCUUCGUGUACAACCCGGAUGGCGUGGCCUCGCGGAAGGUGACCACCAAGCGCUUCAGCAUCCAGUACCUUGACGAGGCCCUCAUCCCGAGCCGAUGCACCCACGUGUGGGAGUUCGACUCGGAGCUGCGAAAUAAACAGUAUGAGACGAUAGUGAAGGAGGUCGAGGACACCCUCGGCGCGACGCCGUGGGCAGCGCCCGAUGCGCAAUACAUUGCUCCUCUUGUGGCGAAGGGGCUUGCAAUUAUUCCCAUGAAUUCCCCUGAUACUGCCAAGUGGACGUUUCUCGAGUACAAGGACAUGGACAAAAAUGGGGAGACUUCAUGUCUGAUGGCGCUGAAGAACAACCGCUUUGGGCGCCUUGGCAUGUGUCAGCGGGUGACAGUAACAGGAAGUAGCAAACUUAGCCCAAGGUUGGUGAAGAAGCAGGAGGCGGAGCUGCAAAGUGGAGCACUGAGGAAAAAGAGCCUCAUCCGUGGAGGAAAGCUGCCCGUAAAAGACAUGUCGAUACCCCUUGAGCAAAUGAAACUAUAG